AUGAGCGCAGCACCAGCUAGAGCAGCCCCUCCUCCACCUCCACCGGCAGAUGACCAGACAGGAGCAUCAGCAAAUGAGCGACUCCUAGCUGCCGCCAAGUCUGAUAAUGAGGGUAUGCUCGAGGACGCUCUGUCAGAUCUGGAUGAUAUCAACUAUACGGACGGAAUGGGCAACACAGCAUUACAUCACGCCAUAAUACACGCCUCAACCUCGAUCUUAGAAACUAUCCUCUCGCACGAAACCUGCGACGUCGAUCCCCGGAAUAGGAUGGGCGGGGAAACACCGCUUCAUAUUGCCGUACGGAACAAAUGGGAGGAGGCGCCGGGAUUGAGAUUGUUUCUGGUGGAGCAGCUGUUGGAAGCUGGAGCGGAUACAUCAAUACGAAACAGGCAUAAUCAAAAACCUAUCGACCUGCUUCCUCCUUCGCCUGAUUCAGACUCGGAUGAAGCCAAGAUCAGGGCGAUGAUACGGCAUGUGGAGGCGGAGAAUGCGGUAGCGGCGAGGGGGGACGUGGUGGAUGAGGACAAUGAUGUGUUUGACCCGAACGAUGUUGCUUCGGAUUCUGAUUGA